CUGCGUUUUUAAUACCAGGCACAAUUUCAAUUCUGAUAACCCCAUUUGCAGAACUAAUCAUAGACGAAACAUGACAUUCAGCGUGAGGCUGUGCUACACAUAUCGUCCCUCUCGAUGCUACCUUCCGUCAUCGCAAGGUAUCUAUGAGGCCGCAGGGACUUCUCCCGUUUCGGAACCAGCGUUUAUCUUCUCUGCAUGUGUCAGAACGAUUCACUCUGACGAUUACUUGAAUGUGGUAUAUAUAAUAUACAACGGGUAUCCUCAGGAUCCUUCAACUCCAUCACCAAAUUCAACACCAAACUUGUCUUCUUACAUUCCCUUGUACUACGAUUCUACUUCCAGGCGAAGUCGACGUCGAAGCAAUCUUUAUUCUAGGCCAGACAUCACCUUUCCACUUCAUUGCUACAAUGGCACCUCUCUUCAAAAUCGUGGCUCUUUUAAACCUCUCUCUCUACGUCGCCGCACAAGGCACUCAGUUUAUCACCGGACCAUGCACAUCCGAUGCUGAUUGCGCCAGUUCCUGCUGCGGGUUUACCAGUGGAAAAUGCGCAGGGCCAGUGGUCGCACAGGAACGGGACGGAGGCUGUGGCUUUGGCAAUUCUCAACCGAAUGAUGAUGCUGCUCAAGCCCUUACAGGCGGGAACGGAAAUACGAACGCUCAAGCCGAUGCAACUCUGCCAGUUGCAAAUCCACCAGCUGCUACUCAACCAGGAGCUCCCGCUCAGACAGCGCCGGCUACGGGUAAUGAAGCUGGCAAUGGCGCUGGCAAGCAAUUUAUUACUGGCGCUUGUUCCUCGGAUGCCGAUUGUGCUGCAGGGUGUUGCGGAUUCCGCUCAGGAAAGUGCGCGGGUCCGGUAGUGGCACAAGAGAGAGAUGGAGGUUGCGGUUUUGGUGACGGGCAGCCCAAUGACAAUGCUGCUCAAGCGCUUCGAGGACAGCGGCUGGGAAAGAGAGGCGUUGGAUACAUGUAAAGCAAUGGCGGCCUCUUUAGAUGAUCUUGGAAGCCGUUGAGCGGAAGUGAGGUGAGACAAGGAGAGGGCGACAAGAGUGUACUAAACCUCCACGCAAAUAAGCGUAGUUGUCCAUGUUGUAUGACAAGUUCAUCAACAUAGACCUCCUAGUAUAUAAGCUUCAUUAGACAAUUCCAAUGAUAACUUUCAAUAGUGUGCCCGUAGAAUAGAAUCAACGGUCCAGAAGCCCAUGGCGGAACCAGCCAAGGGUGCAAUAACUCAGUAGACCUUUGUCCAAUCGGCCGCAUUUUCGUCUGAUAU